AUGGCCAUACUCCAACCAAGACGUGUCACACCAUACAGCUGCCUCGAUGGCAUUUUGCUCCGCAAGGCCGUUGUCGAAAUGGAAGCAGCUUGUUCUGUCCCAUCGCCUAGGUCCCAUCAAGGUCUCGACAACCCAUCCACCCAGCUCCUACGCCUCCUACACCCCAAGCCCCCCAAAGCCCUCAGUCGAACCGAUAAGCUUCCCAGGUCCGUCGAUGUUUGCCCAUGUCCGACCUCCCGGAGAUGGGUGUGGCUGCCUAGCCGAUUGCAACAAAUUUUCUGCUACGUGAGGUCACCUUCGGAAGCCUUCUAA